AUGGCUUCAACACCUCUUGUCUUCUCCACCUCCUUCUCUUCCAAACUCCACCUAACUUCCCACACUAACAAAUCACACCCUCAUCAUCCACUUCUUAAUUCCUUUCCAUCUUCUUCUCCAUCCUCUAAAUCAAGACUGAAAUUUUCCUCUUCAAACCCACUCAUGUUUUCUCCUAAACUAGUAGCACGAGCUUCUUCCGAAGAACAUGCCACUGAAGUCAUACAUGAUUCUGGCUUCGUGGGCGAGGACGCUGCAACUUUUCACCUUGAUAAACAGAAACUUUCUUCUUGGCUUUACUUCACUGCUAUACUGGGAGUGGUCUUGUUUGUUCUUAACUUGAUCUGGAUUGAUGAUUCAACUGGGUUUGGUAAGGUUUUUGUUGAUACCAUUUCUGGAAUUUCUGAUACUCAUGAGUUGGUAAUUUUAGUCCUGAUUCUCAUAUUUGCGGGUGUCCAUAGUGGCCUGGCCAGCUUCCGUGACUCCGGUGAGAAACUCAUUGGAGAACGAGCUUACCGUGUUCUUUUUGCAGGGACAUCACUUCCUUUGGCUCUCACCAUGAUUGUGUAUUUUAUCAAUCACAGAUAUGAUGGACUUCAGCUCUGGCAGGUUCAAGACGUUCCCGGUGUUCAUCAACUUGUGUGGCUUUCUAACUUCAUCUCUUUCUUUUUCCUUUAUCCAUCAACCUUCAAUCUUUUAGAGGUUGCAGCAGUUGACAAGCCUAAGUUACAUCUCUACGAAACUGGAAUUAUGAGAAUAACCAGGCAUCCACAGAUGGUUGGGCAGGUUAUGUGGUGUCUUGGUCAUACAGUUUGGAUUGGAAAUUCUGUUGCGGUUGCGGCUUCAUUCGCCUUAAUUGCACACCAUUUAUUUGGUGUUUGGAAUGGAGAUAGGAAACUGAGUGACAGAUACGGGGAAGAUUUUGAGAUGGUUAAGGGCAGAACAAGUGUUGUCCCAUUUGCGGCAAUACUUGAUGGAAGACAAAAGCUACCAAAAGAUUUCUACAAAGAGUUCAUUCGAUUACCAUAUUUUACAAUCACUGCCAUAACACUAGGAGCUUAUUUUGCACAUCCACUUAUGCGUGCAGCUAGUUUCAAGCUUCAUUGGUAG